AUUUCAUCGUCAGGGUUGGUGACCUCAGAGCAUCUUGCUAGACUCGAUCAUUCACGCAUCGUACUUGUCGUCGCUCACUUUCUCUUUUCGUCAUAUCCUAUCGCAACAUCUCUACGUUAACUUUACGCUUCGCAUUUGUAUGAACUCGACCUGCACGCCCCAUCGCGUGUUUACGCGCGCCUUCAGACGUUCACACUCGUUUUCCACAUCUCUAUACAGCCAUGGCGCCACCUGCGCCUGGUCUUCCGACAAAAUUCCCUUGCUGGUGUAAAGCGGUAUAUUCGUGGGGAGGAGAAACCAAGCGCGACCUAGGCUUCAUCGAAGGAGACAUGAUAGAGUGCCUCAAUGCAGGUGAUGGAUCAUGGUGGAUGGGGAGGCUGAAACGAGAUAAGCGCAUGGUUGGCCUAUUCCCAUCGAACUUUGUCCAGGUCCUCGAGAAUUAUGAUCCUGUGAACCGAAGCCCAAGUCCCCUACCGCCCAUGCAAAGCCCUGCUGGAAGUUUGACCAAGCCAUCGCCACAAAAGUCUAAGAGCGUAUUCAGGAAACCGUUUCAAGCAUAUCACGCAGCUAGCCAACCGAACCCGGAGGCUGCAGCAAGGAAGAUAUCAAGGGAUAGCGGAGGCUCACCCAAUUUGACCCCUACGGGCAGCAUAAACACGCACCGUCCAUACUCUGCCAUGAAGCGGAUAUCAAAUGAAGGCCGCAAUAUAUCUCCCAGCCCACUCGCUCAUUCCAAUAGCAAUAAUUCUACAAGAUCUCCCGCAAAUCUCGCAUAUAGAGGGUCAAGAACCAGGGCACAUUCCCCUACUCCUCUUCGCAACAAUUCAUAUUCAAGAGUGUCCUCUCCGGCACCUCUAGUUCAACAUCUCAACUACUCUCGGGGCCCAUCACCAGCUCCCCCAGUUGAGCACUUCGACUACUCUCGCGGCCCAUCACCGGCUCCACCAUCACAAUACAUAGCUUACUCGCGAGGCCCCUCGCCCGCACCCCAAUCGCAAUAUCAAGCAUACUCACGAGGACCUUCACCAGCUCCAUAUAAUAGCCGCGAAGACAUUGAAGCCUCUCCUCCACCGCCGCCUCCUCCACCGCACCGAGUUUUAAAUACGACCAGUCGAGCACCAUCUCCAAUGCACCCGGAGCACAACGCCUCCACAAACGGUUACCACACCCCAGAGCCUCCAUCUCCUCGUCCAACGAAUAUGACACCUUCGCCGCUCACAAACGCGAUGAACGACGUCAUGGCAUCACUUGAUGGUAUGGAAAUGCCUAGAGAGACAACUUCUCGCGACAGUGCCAAACCUGCGCCUGGCAUUUGGUCUCCAGAAGCCUUCGAAGACUUACACACAACGAGACCACAGAAGUUCAGAGCUCAGACUUCACUUGGGAUUGGAGAACGGGAAGACGAGGAGAUUGAGGGACGCUAUGUGAACAAUGAUUUCCAAGGUGAUGGGAAUGUAAGCAGCUACGUUCGACGUAUGGAAAGUCGUUUACGCAGGAUGCAAGCCGAAGAAGCUCAAUCUGAGGCUUCUGGGACACAGUGUACGGAAAAUGAUAAGCCGCCAAAGCCACCACCGAAAGGUGGAGCUUAUGCAAGGCCUGUGAGCCCCAUGGAAAGGGAAAACUCAAGUGGGCUCGCGCGCAGUCUGUCCAAACGUCUCAGACAUCGCAAGUCCGCUGUUGAAAUUGGUAAAGAGGUUCUUGGUAGGACAUUCACAACCAAGUCUAGUUCGACCGAGGCUUCUAAGAGCACACAGAACAGCAGUAGCACUCAAAUGACAGGGCAAAGUAUUAUGAGUGCUGGCGGUUUCAGCGCAACGAGUGCUGGUAGCCUCGCUCGUAGAAAGUGGGCAACUGGUAGACCUAUGAGCGUCAUGGAGACUCGAAGUGGAGCGACUUUUGAUGAUGGUAGGCCUGAGACCCCUUUUACUGGCAUCACCUAUCACUCAAGUCAUGCAUCUGGGAACCAGGACCAGUGGCAGACCAAUGUUCAAGGAUCGGGCAGUCCGUUCGGUGGUCUUACAACGCCAAAGCAGAAGAGAAGUGGCUUUUUCAAAAGAAUGGUGGAGUCUGCAAAGACUGGUGCAGCAAACGCAAGGAGUACCAUUGCUGUAGGGUCUUCGAGUAGACCGCAGUCUCGAUCGCAGUCUCGGUCACAAUCCCGCCUCGGAAAGUCGAUGUCAAUUCUGGGAGGGCUGGAGGGAAUCUCCGGUUCUAUUCCCUCGGGUAUGUCAAGCCCAGCACGCGACAUGGGAUUGGGCGGGGCUUCUGAUUGGGUCCAAGUCCGACGAGACGUGAAUCGCUCCAACUCACUGAGCAAAAACGAGAGACAAGAAAGGGCUGAACGAUGUCAGAUGAUGGACGUUCCAGUCAUCAACCCAGUCGACAUACUCCUCGAGAAUGCUGAAGGAGACGAAGGAUUGGAUGGUCUGCCAGUAUCGGAUCCCAUUGACUUCUCAGGUGUCAACUUCAGCUUAGUUGAUAAAAGCGUGCGCUUUAUUAAAUCACUGCCGCCGAUGACUAAUCCUGGAAGUCUUGCACAAGGUCAUGUAUGCAGGCCCUAUCGAAGUGACGUUCAACGAUUACGCGCCAUAUUCACCUGGGUAAGUGAGAGGAUAGGAUGGGAGGAAGACUUCGUGGGUGACAUCGACUCACGUCGUGUCAUUCAGUCUAGGAGGGCAUGCGCUGAAGAAUCCGCCGUUUUGGUCAUGGAAAUGUGCUCCGCCGUUGGACUACAUGCCGAAGUAGUCAAUGGAUACCUCAAAACACCGGGUGAAGAGCUUGACAUGACUGCUGCAAUGCGACCUAAUCACUGGUGGAAUGCUGUUAUCGUCGAUGGCCAAUGGCGCAUAAUGGACUGUUGUCUUGCUAAUCCAUCAAACCCGAAACGACACCUAUACUCAAGCGCGAGUACCCAGGUGGCAGAAACAUUCUGGUUCCUCGCUCGACCCAUCGAGAUAUGCUAUACGCACAUUCCAAUUAUACCAGAACAACAGCACAUAUGCCCACCUCUAUCUCACGAGGUCCUUCUUGCCCUGCCAGCGGCUUGUCCACCGUACUUCAAGAAUAGUCUCCAGAUCUUCGACUUUGACACAAGUCUUCUCAGUCUUGACAACCUCGAGCUCGCACAUAUCCAUUGUUUCGUACCUCAGGACGUUGAAUUUGUCGCAGAGGUCGAAGCCGGUGCUUACUCCCAAGACAACGAUGGCGACUACUUCGAGAACGGAAAUACAGUUAAGAAGCGCGCCCUCGCCCAAUCAGAUUGGGUCGGCGGUCAGAAGCGAUACACCAUCAAAGCACUACUUCCCAGUGAUGCGGGCCAGGGCGUGCUAAAGGUGUACGCCGGAAAGCGAGGCUUAAUGCAUUCAAUCAAAUCAAAUCCGCACUCUCUGGCAUUUGCUCUACCGCUCACGCAUGUGGGCCAAAAUCCGGCUUUUGAAUUUGUGACAAUUCAUCCGACCCCUCAUGCUCAGCGCCACGAUCUCUAUGUUGCGCAACCGCAAUGCGCGAGGUUGGCGCUGAAUAAUACGUUCGUGUUUCAGGUUCGCCAACACCCGUCUGCACCCUACGCAGGAGCAGAAGUCAUACAAGCGACAUCACAUUCGCGCGCCGCUUCGCCGAAUCCUUUCGCGCGCCCUACUUCAGCAUUAUCAAUGACAUCGGCAUCAACGAGCCAGUAUUCGCAUCCAAGCAACUCCUCUGGUUCUUCAAGUGGCAAUGCAGUGCCUGGUCAGCAAAAGCCUGCUAAAUUGGCGAUCCAGAGUCCGACGGGCAAGAUUAUUCGCUUUAUCAGAAAGGGCGAGCAUAUGGUCAGUAGCCAUGAGAGUGGCGAUGGAAGUGUAUGGGAGACUGUGAUUAAGAUUGGAGAGAAGGGCACAUGGAGAGGCCUAGUGCUUGCUGAUCGGAGUGCAAGGUGGUGUGUUUUCGCAGAGUGGGAGAGUGGGUGAUAGAACGCUCUGAACUGUAUGGAAGUAUUUGUGUGUGUCUGAGUGAUGAAAACAUGUAAGAGGGACUCGAAUAUGCAGGGUGUCUGGAGUAUUGUAUUUGCAUGUGGAAUAUUGUGGUGCCACGGUGCCAUAUAUCAACGAGUUGGGACGGGGCGCAAAUCAAGCAGCGCAUCGAGAUGAUGUAUAGCGAACCACUAAAGGUUUCAAUGAAAGGCAUUGAAAUAUCUAGCAGAAUGUCAUCCAUUUAAUUCAGU